AUGGACGUUAAAGAGCGAAGUACAUGACAAAUUGUAAAUCAUAUAAAAAAUAAAGUCGGAGAAAUAUGGCAAUGAUUGCUAUCUAUUGCUGAGCUUACGUUAGACUUUAAUGUGAAAACUUGUUUGCAUGCUAAUUAAACGUUAGCUACCGUUAGGCUAGAUAGCUAAUGUGUUGAAAUGCUAUUUCAUUGAGAUCCUAUUGUAAUUCCUAAUUCUAUGCAAUAUCUAAUGUUAUUGUGCAAUGUCUUAUUUAUUUAUUUUUAGAUAUGCUGGGUGGUGGAGAGAACAUCGUUGAAAUGGUGGACUUAGAGGAGGAUACUUUUUCUGUUUCAAAGUAUGUGUGUCCGUCUGUGUCUGAGGAAGUGAGUGAGGUAGCGAAGUUAGAAGGGAAUUAUCAUUGUCAUGAUGGUUUAUAGUGUUUGGUUGCCGACUACGGUAUGUUUUAUCCUCACCAGCUCAUCAGAUGUUGAUGCUGCCUUUGAUGCUGUCAUUGGGAGUAUUGAAGACCUCAUCAUGGGUAAAUUGGACACAAGACAGUGUUUUGUGUCGGUCUAGACAUGUUUCAGUGUGUAAAUGUUAAAUGGAUUGCUAAUGUUACACAAUUUCCACCUCAGAGGAUGACUUCCAGCACCUGCACCAGCGCUUCAUGGAGAAACACUACCUGGAGUUUGAUGACUCAGAGGAGAACAAACUCACCUACACACCCAUCUUCAACAAAUAUGUAAUUGCAGUGUUAAUGUUAAUCUGCCUCCCUUAUUUUAACUAACUGUCAUGUACGGUAGAGCGUCUUUAAAAAACGUAUCUAUGUGAAAGUAUAUCUCGAUCAUACAUAUUCUGUUUACUUCAACCUCCUCAGAUUUAGAUGCUUGAGAAACGCCUUGAGCAACAGCUGAUUGAGAGGAUUCUCUGUUUCAACAUGCGCACAUUUAACAAUUUACUAAAGUAAAUUUUCCCUCAGGAGUAACUUUACAUGCUGCCACUAGGUGGUACAUUGCCCCUUGUAAACCAAGUACACCUCACUGCAGAGCGCAACAUGUAUUGGUUCUCGUUUCACAAAUAUAUAUUUUUUGUUUAAGGUAGCACAAAGAUGAAGUGUCAGGGGACAUCUUCAACACGUUGCUUACUUUUACAGACUUCAUGGCCUUCAAGGAACUGUUAAUUGACUACAGAGUA